CUUCUCCCGAUAACUCCCAGAAUUCCACGCUUCCACCUUGCCUUUGCUUUUUCUCUUACCCUUUUUUGUCUGCCAUUUACCCUUCUCUCUCUCUCUCUCUCUCUCUCUCUCUCUCUACUUCUCCAUUCUCCAUUCUCUCUUCAUCUCUGUAUCUUUAUAACCCAGUCAACCUCCACUCCUCUCUUCACUUUCUUUUGUUUAAAUCACAAUCUCCCUCUCUUGUUUCAACCCUCCCUGCAAAUCAAAUGCACCCUCUUCCCACCACCCAACACAAACUUAUAUGAUUCAUCUCCCUGUGGAAGAGAGCAACAGUCUCCUAACGUUAGAGAGAGGGACACUGUUUAUUCUCUCCGGCCUACUUGUUAGGUCUUUAUAUUCCCUCUUCAUAUCAAACACCCUCUUUGAGUAUUUUCAGCAACAAUGUGGAUGAUGGGUUGUAACGAUGGCAAUGGAUUUAACAUCUCUGACUCCUUAAAUGGGAGGAGACUUCGUCCUCUCAUGCCAAGGCCCACUUCUAAUACUCCUAAUGCUUCAGCUGCAGCAACUGCAACUGCAACUGCAACUGCAACUCAUCCUUACUAUAGUCUUAUUCAUGGCUCUCAUGAUCAUCUCUUCCCAUUAAAUACCCAUCUGGCAACCAUUACAGAGCAAAGCAAGCGAGAGUUCAGUGCUCAACCUGUAGUUAGCUCAAGGUGGAAUCCCACGCCUGAGCAGUUAAGAGCCUUGGAGGAGUUGUAUCGACGUGGAACUCGAACGCCCACGGCCGAGCAAAUCCAACACAUCACUGCACAGCUUCGUCGGUUUGGUAAGAUUGAAGGCAAGAAUGUGUUUUACUGGUUUCAGAACCAUAAAGCUAGAGAACGACAGAAACGCCGACGCCGAUUGGAAUCUGCCUCUGCUGCUGAAGAACAACAACGAUACGACAUGGAAAGCUUUGAAAAGAAAGAUUCAGGUUCAAGUCGGACAGGCUUUGAAGUAGAACAGAACAGGAACUGGGCAGCCUCUACAAACUGCAGUGGAGUUGCAGAGGAAUCUGUUUCAAUGCAAAGAACAGCCGUAGCAGAAAGUAGACCAGAGGGAUGGAUUCAAUUUGGGGAGGGAGAAUUACAGCAGAGACAAAGCUCAGCAGAACGCCAUGCCACGUGGCAGAUGAUGCAGCUAUCUUGUUCUACUCCCACCCAUCUCAUAAACUCCAUAACCAGAGCUUCUGAUGAACCAAUAACAGCAAUUGACCCAAAGCUCAGUCUGCAACUGCAAGAAGGUCUCUACAACCUCUGCACUGAUCAAAACAAUGAGGAAUGUGGAGAAUCUUGCACACUUCAGCUCUUCCCACUUCACAGUGACAAUGCUGAUAAUGCUGCUAAUGGUGCAAAGGAGGAGAAGCUGAGUAUUCAAAUGAUGAAUACUGAUGACUACACCCCAUGUCAAUUUAUUGAGUUCCUUCCCAUAAUGAAGAACUGAAGAAGGAGAAUAACUUAGUAAACUUAGUAACUUAUCCAUGUGGUGAUGGAUUGGGUUUUGUGUCACUUUAUGUAUAUGAGAGUUAAGGUGAUGGGUCAUGCUUAGAUUUUGUUGUUAUUGGAAACUGUUACUGUUCUUGUUGUCAUAUACAUCAUAGGAGGUGUGAAACUGGAAAGGUUGGUGGAUGUUGGGUAUUUAGUGAUGUGGGUGUGAAGGAGCUUUCCAUAAACUGCAUUUCGACUAUGUUGUUUACAUCAAUGAAUAGCUUCAACAUAAAAUAUUUCAGGGUUCACUGUUAA